GCGGCGCGAGCUGCUGGCGGUUCUCGUGACGCUGGCCGGCCGGCGGGGUGCGGGCAACGGUGGAUGAAAUAAUUUACAUGCGGACUAGUGAGCUAUUACAUACAUUUUAGGAAGAAAGUCAGAACUGGAAUGCGUACUGACUGGAAAGACUAGAAUGUGGAGGCACAGCGAGACUUGUGUGAAAUGCAGACCAGCAAGAAUCAAAUAAAAGUAGAACUCGUAGAUGAAAACUUUACAGAAUUGAGAGGGGAGAUUGCAGGGCCUCCUGAUACACCAUAUGAAGGAGGGCGAUAUCAACUAGAAAUUAAAAUUCCAGAAACAUAUCCAUUUAAUCCUCCAAAGGUUCGGUUUAUCACAAAAAUUUGGCAUCCAAAUAUUAGUUCAGUAACGGGAGCCAUUUGUUUGGAUAUUCUGAAAGAUCAGUGGGCAGCUGCUAUGACUCUACGGACAGUUUUGUUAUCGUUACAAGCCUUAUUGGCAGCAGCUGAACCAGAUGAUCCACAAGAUGCAGUAGUCGCACAACAGUACAAGCAAAAUCCAGAGAUGUUCAAACAGACAGCCAGACUCUGGGCGCACGUGUAUGCUGGAGCACCCGUUCCUAGCCCCGAGUACACUAGAAAAGUAGACAAAUUGUGUGCUAUGGGCUUUGAUAAAAAUGCAGUAAUAGUGGCCUUGUCUUCACAAUCCUGGGAUGUGGAAUGUGCAACAGAACGACUGCUCAGUAACUGAGGAAUUUGGGAUUGCUUCUAUAGCUCUGAUGUCCAUUCAUUGACAAGCACCUCUGCCCUUUGUUCUUACUGGGUUCUGCAUAGAUUCCAUUUUAAACAUCACUGUAAUAUGUGAUAAUUGCUUUAAACAAGACUGGAUUCGAUGCUCUGUAAAUAAAGCUCUCAAAAGAUCUGUGUAAAUUAAAACAAAGGGGAAAUGUGAAAUACUUUUUAAUUUUUUUCCUACUCUGCACUGUAAGAAUCCUGAGUUUGAGUUGCAUUCAUCCCCGAAGAUGACAUAAUACACCUGCUUUAGUGCAGUUUAACAAAGUACCAAGGCUUUCAACUGCAACAAUUUGUUCUUGAUAAAAACAUGUAAUGUGGCCUACAUCUUAAAAUAUGGUUGUUUUCUACUUUUUGUAUGUGUCAUGGCUGUUAGCAGCCAGUCCUUCUGAUCAGAGUACUUCUGAUUCUGUUUAGUUUGGUAUUUAGUGAGUGCCUGCUUCACUCUUUAAUUGUGGCAGUAAUACACGAGUGCUGUGGAGAUAUUUUUGAAAGUUAAAUCGUUGAGGAUGCCAAAUCAAAGGUUGAAGCAUAUUCAUGAUGAGUAGAUUACUUGAUUAUUCUCCCAUGGUUGCAUUGUUUUCCAAAAGUCUUUGCUAUGACACAGUCAAAAAGUGUUGACAUGCUAAGUUUUUUUUAUGGUUAUAGCUGUUAAGUAACGUGGUAGCCACCUUGAUUUACUUAACAGGUGCUUCAAUAUGCAGUCCCAGCUUGUGAUUGACAUUUUCUCUGGAAGCGAUGGUGGCUGUUCUCUUGCUGUACAUAAUUUAAAGUUCACUUAGAAAUAGAGGUGUGUUAUUGAUCAGAUUGUCUGCACUCUAUUGAGUAUUUCUGAAAGUUCCAGUAAUGGGAUAGUUCCUGUAUAUACAGCCAAGCUUUCUAUUCGUAUUAAAAUAUUUCAUCUCCAGUUUCCACUAACAUUGAGGUUAUUUAAUAUGAUCAAUUUCUGAAUUUCAGACAGGUAUCAAUUUUGUUGAAUUGAAGAACUUGUAAUUUUUUAAAGUUGCACGUGUCUAUCUUCAGAAAGAAUUUUUAUUUGCCGACUAGUGCUUGUUGGAAACAGUAGUCAUUCCAAUUUUAAAAAGAAUUUCUGUUUAUUUAAGUGAGGCACAGUGCACCUUUUUAAACAUAGUUAUUGGGAAAGUGAAAAGUGAGCACUAAACUUCAGAUUGUAAUCUAUACAAUCGGAAUAAUUGAGCUAGCGUGGGAUUUGAUCCGUUAGUCUUGUUCAAUGUAAUAGGUGACAAUUUAUACUAAUUCUCUGGAACUCUGAAAAUCUGACAUUACAUUUGAAUUUCAACUCCUGUGUCAUCCUGUAAAUCUUCACUUUAGUCAAACACCCCUUUGCUCUGUUUGGCUGCUAAAGAUUCAUUUCAGCAGCUAUGUUAAAGUCUGGGAUCACAGAGACUACCCCUUUGGCCAGUUUGUUCUUGCUGACCAUUGUACCUUUUAUGCUAAUUUUAUUUACAGCAACAUGGUCUGUGGCCUUCCAUGCCUUGGUGAUUCAAGUGCUCGUCUCGAUAUUGCUUAAAUAUUGUGAGGGUCUCUGUGUCCACGUGCCUCAGGCAGUGCAUUCCAGGUUCUAGCAGUACACUGGGUAGAAAAACUCUUCCUUUGUUAAGGAACUAAAACCCUCUAGUCGCAGUCAGCUGUGCUAUAGGAUAAAUUUUCUACCAACAACUUUUAAUUUUGUAUACCUCUAUGAACUCCUCCCCCGCCUCCUCCAUGCCAAAGGAACUAAGCCUCUGCUCGUAACUGAAAUGCUCCAUUCAAGGCAUCACCUUGAUAAUUUACUCUGCAUGCUCUUCAGUUCAUUCAAAUUCUUCCUACAGUGUGGUGAUCAGAACUCUUCAUAGUACUCCAGCUGUGACCUAAACAAUAUUUUUAUAAAUGGUCCAUAAACUCCCUGCUCUUGUAUUCUGUACCCCAGUUAAUGAAGGCAAAUAUCUUGUAUGGCUUCAUCUUACCUACCUGUGCCACCACUGUUAGGGAUCCUUGAAAUUUUAAAUGGACGUGCCUCUUCUUUAAUACUACCCAAGCCUCGACUAUUCAUUGUGUACACUUAAUUAGUUCUCCCAAAUGACAUCGUCAUGUCCUUAUCAGGAUUAAUUUCUUUCUAUCCCUUUGGUCCUUUUAAAUCAUGGCUGAAAUAGACUCUAGUUGGGUAUCUUGAUUCCUUUUCAUGUUUUAUACUUGUCUAACAAAAUUGGUGAACUUUGAAAUGACAUGAAUGAUCUACUUUAGUGACUUUUUUUGGGAGGGAGUUUCAGAUUUCCACCAUCCACUAUGCAAAGUGGUGCCAAAGAUAACCUUUAAGUGCUCUAACUCUAAUUUUAUGUUUGUGUUCUACUUUCUAUCUACCCUCUUUUAAGAGGAUGUUGUUUCUCAUUUUCCACUGGCAAGUAAUUUUGUCCUAAAGUCUUGCUGAUAUUAACACUUGAACUAUCCGCAAGUCUAGCAAGGGGUAUCUAAAAGUAAUGGGCAGUUAUAUUUAUUGAUUAUUUCUAUAAUUGACUUUUGUAGAAUUUAGACAAAUGAUUGUGAAUGGAAGAAAUGGAGACUAAGAUAAUAGGCAGGACUAAAACUAUCCCUUUACAACGGGGACAAAGAUGCCCCAGAAAAUGAAACUGCCUGCUGUUUCGAUUUUCCUCUUAAACAGCAUACCAAUAUUCGUUUAUAUAAUUAAGCCUCUGCAGGUUCAAGUCCUAGCGGGUAUGGCUUGGAAAAUGUAAGCUGAUUCUUUGUUCAAUCUCUCUUUCCAGUGAUGCACCAGUUACACUCUUGACUAAGAGUAAUCUUUUUGUUAGGGUUCCUAUUAGUUGCUGUAAGCUUUUAAUUGCUGAAUAUUUUAAGAUUUCUUGCUCUGAAGCUUUAAAUACAGUAUCCACUUUUAUUCAUUUGUGAGAGGAGUAAUCCUCAAAGUUCUUUGUUUACAAAAAAACUACGGUGGAGUAUUUGAAUGUUCAAAUUUGUGAACUUCACAGUUUAAUCGGAAACCGGCUGCCCAAUUAAUUCUCCGACUGAUGAUCUUUGCAACUUCUCACCUUUUUGAACGCUGUUGGGAAUUGGAAUUUGAAUCUAUGAGUUGCCUUGAUUAUGAAGCAAACAACUGUUUAAAAAGUAUAAAUAUAGCCUCGAGAAUUACCAGAAAGAAAACUUCACCUUUUCUGGCCGCUACUGUAAGAAACGGUGCUUGUGACAACACCAGAUGGUUCUGACUGCUGUUUGGCCCAUGUACAGUUUAUUACAAAAUAGCGAGAAUUGUUGUUGAAUCAGAGUUCUUUAUUUCAAUGAUGUGGCAUUUUAGACGUCUUUACUUGACGUAGUUACAUUUAUUUGAAGGCAAGUGUUCAGGAUUGUAUAUAAAGAAUUAUAGCAGUAGAUUGAGUGAACCAUUGAAAUUUUUGAACCAUUAAGCCUUUUCAGUGCCCAGAUGAACUUGACAAAGCUUUCUGCAUGUAACAAACCUUCCCGAGCUUUCAUGAACUCUCACACUGUAGUGACUCCGGAAAAUAAGUUAAUUGGCAGUAAAAAUAAUUCAUUCGAACAAACCCCCCCCCCCCAAGUUAUUUGGCGUCUGUGUUUGGAACGCAGAAGCUCAGCGUUGGAGUCACACUAUCACAGUUUAAAUGUGCCUUCGUAAUGUUAAAUGUAUUAGAUUUUAGUUAAUAAUGUACUUAAUUGUCAUCUAAAAUGCGAAAAAUUCUCUCAGACUAAUGGUAUACAGAAACGUUGACUUACGGCAACUAUUCAACGAUCCGUUAAGGAGGCGAUUACAGUGCGAGAAAAGACCUUAAUUGGUUAUAAAUUGCGGUAAGUUCGCAACACAAAGAUCACAAGGUUUAGCUUUAGAUUGAACAAAUGUAAAUAUUAGACUAAUUUAGACAGUCUCGUACAGAAAACGGUAGAAAACGAUCUUGCAAUGUAGUGGAAUAUAGAUACAAGGAUAUUUGCAGUUGUUGUCGUUUUAGUUACUACUGUUGUGGAUCAUGGAACAAUAAGCACAGGAAGAGGCAAAUUGGCCCAAAAUUCCGCGCCCAAUUAAUUAAACUAAUGACACUUAAUCGGUUUAGUCUGCACGUGGCCCAUGUUUCUUCCACCCCAGCUAUAUUUUCCAGACAGUUAUCAGUGUAUAUUGGUUUUAACAUUGCAAAUUGUUUAGUUCGUAGGCAGCCAAACACUGCAGGUAAUUUCAUUAUUAUUAGUCAAAUUUGCCAUUUACCCUUGGGAUUUGAAAAUAUUCUUAGUUCUGAAAACUGGGUUAAACUAGAAGUAAUUGAUCCGAAAUCUGGUUUCCCUUUAACGAUUUUCACUUUCUCAAUUUUACACAUCUCUUUGGUGUUUCUCACAUUUUUAUGGAUUUUUUUGUCAUUUUUUUUGAGCAAAGUAACUUGUGUGACAGUUAGUUCGUAUUUCCCUCCAAUGACCUAACAGAUAAAUAACGCUGAAAAUUGAAAGUAUAAUGAGCAUAAUUGAUAUUUUCAAUUCGUCUCAAAAUUGUUUGCAAAUUCGUUUUGUUUUUAAACAAUAGACGGCCUGUUUUCUUUCUGCGAACUUUAUUUACGACGUGACAAGUGAAAGAUGUGUCCUGGUGUUACAGACCUUAAGGCAAUCUUGGUUAAUAGCGUUAGGGAUGAACAACGAACCAGCCACUGCUACAUUACUGAACCAUAUUCGUCUACUUCAUUUUACUGCUCUUUCCUCACCGCCGCCCCCCCUCCUCCGCCAUGCCUAAUUUUAUCCAGUUCUCUUUACGGUUAUAAAAUGAUAGAGUUAAGGCCUUCUGUACGAAAUAUAAAGGUAACAUAUUUUGAAGUCCGUCCCUGGUUGUUUCCCCGUUUGUUCGUGGCAGUUAAACCGAAAGAUACCGAUUUUACUUGAAACAGCAAAGGUUCCAGAUUUCAAGCCACUCUCAUUCUAAAACUAUAGACAAGUUUAGAAAUGUCUUUAUACUCGCAAUAAGUUUCGACAUUAGUUUUAAUCAAUAAGGCAUGGAACAAUCAAUAUUUUUUCUGUUUAGAAUAUUGCCAAUGACAUUUGUUGAAGUAAAAUAUCAACGUAACUAAGUUUCAGAUGUUUAGUGAUGUGCGAUAAUACUAUUUUCCUCUUGUAUCUGAUAUUCUGUUUCAUCCCCGUAUUUUGCAGACAUCUGGUUCUGGGUAACUGAAAACGUGUAUUUGCUACACCUCGGAGCAACGGAGGUGGAAUUGGAUUUUCUCUGGGCCUACGGUGUCCUAUCGCAUAUGCUCGACUCCACCUCCUUCAGUAGAGGCGUUAAAGUCGGCAAUUUGAUUUAUACUUAAAAAAGAAUAACAUUCCACUUUCAUUCAUCACCCCUCCCUCCAAAAUUAAAAUAGAGCCACCUUUACCAGGAGAAUCUCCCCGAGUUUCCCAUCGGGAUUGGCUCUUCCCAGUUUCAGUUUCAGCGGAAGCCGCCGCAACUGGAGCGAGAGGUUGUGACACAGUGCAAGAAUAGAGCCCUAAGGCCCAGGCAAUUCGUUUCAAACGUUGUUCCUUUUAGACCCGGCAAAUGAACCAUUCGGGCACUAUAUUUCAGUUUCAGAAAAGUGUUUUCAAAGCCUGAUGUAAAUUAUUAAAGUAUUUGUGUCGCCAUAUACAGCCCUGAGAUUCAUUUUCAAAUAUAUGCUAGAAUAAUCAGAAUCAAUGAAAGACCGCACCAACUAGUGUUGAACCAGUGUGCAAAAGACAAGCUGUACAAAAAAACCCAAUAAAUAUCGAGAACACGAAAUGAAGAGUCCUUGAAAAUGAAUCCAUAGAUUGUGGGAAAAGUUGGUGGUGGGGGUCCCUGAUUAUAAAUGCUGCUGUCCGGCGACAACGCUUCCUGUAGCUGUGCUCAAUGGCGGGGAGGGCUUUAUCUGUGAUGGACUGGGUCGUAGACUUUGGUGUUCCCAUACCAGGCUGUGAUGCAGCCAGUCAAUAUAUUCUCCACCACAUAUGUAUAACAUUUUUGUAUUGUACCAGUAAUUUGACUCUAGUCUUAAACCUUUUGCAGUUGUAACAUUCAGUGAAAUAUCACAUGCCUUUCCUAGGCGAUGAAUAUAAUUGGUUAAUCCAAAUAAAAUAAGGAAGUGCCAUCUAAUGUAGUAAUUGUAAUAACAGACUUUUAACCACAACUGUUGCAAGAUUGUUCACACUUUUUUAAACUUUGUUUAAUUUCCCCAAGAUUUGUGCAGAUAUUGAACUAGUAUCAAACGCAAAUCUGAAAAAGUAGCGAACAGAAAGUAGUUCUAAAGCUUCCUAAUCGGCAUUAUAAAUAGAGCAGCCCCAUGCGAGAAAUCCAUUAUUUUAAUCGCCAAUUACUCCCUUCGAGGCUUAAAACGUGCUUACCGUUAAAAGCCCAGAGUAGCAUGUUGCCGAAACGGUUAUCCAUAUACUGCUCUCACUAGCCGACUAAAUAAAGGGAGGGGUGGUUAUUUAACAUUUGAUAUUUAUAUAAAGUGGGGCCUUAUAAUCUGGAUUGUCCUUCGCUCGUGUUCCAUUGAAAAUGAAGUUUCUUUAAAUUUGCGCAUUUUUGCAGCACAGAAACGGGCCACUGGGCUCAUUUGUCAUUGUGUUUUGAACAUUCUCUCAGUAGCACUCUGUCAGAAGAAAAAAAUAAAUGCAGGUGCUGAAAAUAUGGAAAAAUGUGCUGGAAAGCCUCAAUUAAAUGAAUUAUGAUAGCUCAUCCACCUGAAACCUUAUCUUGGUUUCUCCCUCUAGACUGACUUGCUGAUAAUUUCUAGUAGUUACUGUUAUUUCUCCCCAUAUUUAUACACAUCUUUGCCUCGGGUAACAAUUUUCUCCUAAACUACUACAGUCGACGCACAUGGCGUUUGUGGAACGCAAUUGAAAAUAGAGAGCAAUGGGUUAUGGCUCCUGUGCUUUCCACAUGAGUGAGCAUGUUUUAUUAUCUGUAAAUCAAGCCAAGUAUCGGCAGUCCAGAAUCCAUGGUUGCUGAGAUGUUCCCUGAGGACUUGGGCAGAGUUGAUUAUGGUUAUGAGAUGACCAGUAGGCGAUGCGAACUCAUAUCUGGAUCUUGAUGGGUUUAAACUAUUGCAAACGGCAAAUUUACUGUAUAUACCUACAUACCCAUCUCCACUUUGAGCAUUGACUUUCUCCGGCUCCCAGCUAAACAUUCUCAGUUUCAAAUCUCACUACUGUCUUUUCGCUGCCUCUGUAAUAAGACCACAAGGCAUUUGGAACAGAAUUAGGCCGUCCGAAUAUGGCUUAAUCCCAUUCUACUUUGGACCAGUAAACUUGAUUUUACUCAUCAAGAACUUAUUGACUUGGCCUUCACAGCCAUGUGUGGCAAUGAAAUCCAUUGAUUCAUUACUGGCUACUAGAUGGGCCUAGGGACCUGUUCUGCGCUGUAUUGCUCUAUGACUCUAAAUAUAUUCUUCCUCAUAUGUCCUCUGGUCCUAGACUCUCCCACUACUGGAAACGUCCUCUCUACUUCAUCCAGGCUUUCAAUAGUAGGCAGGUUUCAAUGAGAUUCCCUCUCAUUAUUCCAAACUUAAGCGCGUACAGGCCCCGAGCCACCUCAUACGUUAACCCUUUCAUUCCCGUAAACCUCUAGACCCUCUCGAAUGCCAGCAUAUCAUUUAUCAUAUAUGGUCUUAAAACUGUUUACAAUACAAUACUCCAAAUGUGGUCUGAUCAACCCCUUAUAAAGCUACUUGUUUUACACAUCACUGAGCUUCUCAUCUUGAAUUCUCACCUGCCUUAUUCCACAAUUUUCUCCUGAACAAGACGCUCUCAACUUCUACUGUAAUAUUUAUUAGUGUUAUUAGUGAUUAUAUUUAUAGCUGUUAGGUCCACAAAAACAAAACUGCAGAAAAUCUGAAUUAAAGUACCAAUCACUCUUGACUACUCAACCCGUAAGGCAAUAUGUAAAUAUAAAGAGUUUACAUUGCAGAUUAUCAGCAUCAAGUCGCCUUUACAAGACAGGGAAUGGAAGGAAAUAUAGCGACUAGACAGGCUAAAGAAAAUGUGUAAAUAGAUGAAGCAGAAUCAUUGUCUGAAAUUGUUGAAUUCAAUUUAGAACCAAAUAUCCCUUGAAUUUUUUUUAAGAUUAUGAAGACACGUAGUCCUCUUUUAUUGCCACUUAGUAAUGCAUGCAUUAAGAAAUGAUACAGUAUUUCGCGAAAUGGAACACUAGGUGGCAACAUUUUUGAUUGGACACAUUUUUCCAGAUUCCACAUCAAUAUUAAUAUCAUAUAAUUUUGUUGUUUCUGUUUCGGUUCCAGAUGUUUCACUUGUUGUCUAUUUCUAAUAUUUGCUUAUACUGUGAAUAUUUUUAUUUCUGACUUUUCUCCGUAACAUAUCUGUAUCAACUUAUUUUCCAGUUCUAGUGAAAAAUCAUCGAAUUGAAUUAAAUUCCCUUCUCCACAAUCUGACAGAGUACUGACAACUUUUAAAAAUUUAGUGGGCAAUUUUUCCAGGUGAAAACAUCUUAAUAUUUCCUCUUAAAUGUUAUUUUUUUUUUAAGAUUUGCCAUAGAUUUCCAACAGCUGCUCAUUGCCUGUUUAUUGUAAUCUCUCAGUUCUGAUUUCAGAUCAACAAUUUUCAGAAAAAAAUUCUUUUAAUCCCUUUCUGGUGCUUUCAGGUCCUUCCUAUAAUAUGGAAACCAAACCAAUGCAGGCAUUGUAGGUUUGUCAAGACUGUUUGUACUCAUGUAACCAUACCCAUCCCAAUCUGAUGCAAUUAACUCAUUAUUAAAUUGUACUUACUUUGGCCAAGACCAGACUAUUAAUACUUUGUGAACAAUAGUGGCUAACGUAGUGCUGGGUUCAUUGAGCUAUGCACCAUGGAAGCAGGCCCUGCGGUUCAACUCUCUGUGGCAACCAAAAUGGCCAUUUAAGCUUGCCCUAGUUUCCUACAUUUGGCCCAUAUUCCCCUGAACAUUUCACACCCACGUGCCAGUCCAAACGUCUUUUAAAUGUUAUUGUACCAGUCUCAACUGCUUCUCUCUGGCAACUUGUUCCAGAUGUUUACCUUCUGUAUGAAGAGCUUGCUUCUCCGAGCUUCCUUUUAAAUCUUUCCCUUCUCACUUUAAACCAUGCUCUCUCGUUUUUGUUUUCAUUUUCCUGGGAAAAAAAGACUAUACCCUUAUGCGUAUAAUGUCACCAAAAAGCAGUACCCUCUACAGCCCUUCUUGCAAUCUUGCAGCUUCCAGCUCGGGUGACGUACUCAUGAAUCUUCUCUGCAUCCUGCUCAGUCAAAUGCCAUCCAAUGACCUGGAACCUAAUUUUUACCCCCCCCCCCCCCGGCAACUCCAAAAUGGUGUUGGCAUAUAUAUUGACUGCUGUAGAUUAUCACCUAGUUUACUUGAGAGGCAAAACAAUCAAAAGGGAAAUUGAUGGGCGUGUUAAAUAAUAAUCUAUACGAUCACAGAUGGGGAAUGCCACUGAUGGGAUGACCCUGGUGGGAGUGGUUAUGGACUGGAUAAGUAAAUUCAAUGUGUGGAACAUCAUUUCCAUUUUUCACUUUCUGAAGUACAACUCCUACCACCAUCCACUUCUGAGUUUAGCCGGUUUGGUAUCAAUUCUGCUACUGGACGUGACUGCAAGUGGCCAGCGUAUGCUGCUUCUUCAAAGGCUUUUUGAAUUUUGGGAGUGUAUUUACUCCCCUUUUCUGACCCUGAGUCUGAGCCAUCUUUGGAAAUAUUGGUGUUAAAAUAAAUAAAAAGUACACAUAAAAUUACCUACAGUCGUCAAAGUUGACCAUGCACAUUCUGGCUGAAUGUGAACGAAUGUUGCUUGGGAACAUAUUGACAGAUGUUAAAGCAAGUUUGACAAUUCAAGGUGGUACCAUUUUGAGUUUUACUUCAGUAGAGAGAUGGGGGGUUCAUACAAGAUUUAAUUUGUAGUAUAUUUUAAAGUUAUUGUGGCUGAUAAUUUUUUUUUGCAAAAUUGCAAUCUUAUAUAAAAUACAUGUAAGCAAGGUCUCCAGAGUAAAAUGAUUAGAAAGAUAUUUAUUCAAAAAGGGCACAGACAUAACUUGGAGACAUAAAUAGCUCUUUGCUAAUGGAUUCAUUUUGACAGAACAUCAUAAAAUUUAAAAAAUACUGGUAAAAUUGGAAUAAAUUUCAUUUGAUUAUUAAACACAAACUGCCAAUAUGUUAAUCGUUGUUAUUAAAUAAAAGAUAUACAGUUUAGUCAAAGGCUGAAAUGAUCUUCACUCUUAAAAAUAUAGCAAUUACCAGAAAUUACCAUCCUGCAUUGUAACUUUCAUCAUCAAUGCUACCCGUUUCACUAAGAAUGUGCAAUAGAGACAGAUUACACUGGUAAACUUGAACAUUGUAUAUACUGUGCAUGCCCAAAAGUUCCCACGUGGGUAGAACUUAGUCCCAAUUUUGGAUUCCUCCAUCCACACAUUUUCUUUAGCAAGUAUAUAUAACCAGACAUUAACAGCAGUAA